CACACACACACACACACACACAAUGUCUACAGACCCCGGCGCUGCAGCGCCAGCACCAGCGCCCCCGCCCCAUUCCGCGCGUGAUCGCUACACCCGGCGCCUGGAGCUCAGCCUGCGUAACGACCAUGACGCGUUCGCGCGCUUCGGCAGCGGCGGCAAGCGUAGUGGGAGCCUGUCUUCGGGCUCGUCUCUCGGGCUCGCACAGUCGUCGCUUGGGCUCGGCGUGCCCUCGUUUCUGCGCCGCUCGCCGUCACGCGCCGCUACAGCCCCGCUGCACCCCUCCUCGCUCCGCGCGCUACCCGCCCGCCUGGCGUUCCGUACCCCCUCCGCUUCGUCCACGGACCACGACGACACCGCCGCCGACAGCGACACGACGCUUGGGUCCGCGCUCGAGAUCGAGCACAUGGUUGGCUCUGAUACUGAGACGGAGCGUGGGUCGGACAAUGACGACGACAACUGGGUCGAGCAGAGCCUCGCAUCCUUCCCAUUGUCCCCCAAAGGAGGGGCCAAAGGCAAGGGCGUCGACCCGCGAGAGUAUGGAUUCGGCGGCGUCGCCAUCUCUCCCUCUACGCUUUUUGCAUCCACCCGCUCUAUAGACAUGAUGGGCGGCACGACGUCCCGCCGCGCGCGUACCAAGAAGCGCGUGAGCUCACGCCCCCGCCCACACCGCAGGGACUCGCGCACCGCCGCGCACCACCAGCCCCUCCCCAACCCUGCAAGGUCGCGCCCGCUCGCGCACCUCGUCAAGCGCCGUGUCGUGUCGAACGGCAGCGUUGACCGCCUCACGCGGGGCAUGAUUGAUCUCUCCACGUCCGAGGAGAGCGACGCGCAGGAAGUCCUCGCUGUGCUUGAGCCCUCGCCGUCGCCGCUGCCACGCGUCCAGACGCCGUUACGCCGCCGCGACUCGUCGGGAUCGGACGCCGAUGAAGAGUCCGAUGGUGAGCGCUCGCCGCUUGCACACAAGAGCCGCCGCCGUCGCGUGGAGGCGCUGUUGCAGUUACCCACCCCGCUCGCGACGUCUCCGUCCCAGCUGGCCGAGCUCGCCGCCCAGGCAGGGUUCAUGCUCGUGCCUAUCUCGAGCUCUGUCCCGCGCGCCAGUGGCCUGAAGCGCUCCAACUCGCACCUUACGUCGCCAGACGUGACGCCGACCCGGCCGCGCUUAGAGCUUGCGGCGCCUGAUGAGGAGGAAGACGAAGCCGCGGGCGAAGAGGACGACGACGCGGACGAGACGGGCACGGCUCGGUUCAUCAGCUCUGACCUCGAACCCGAGUCAGAUGUCGCCGAGGACGAUGAUGCCGACGACGACGACGCAGUCGCUGCCAGCUCCGACCUCGAGCUCAACACCGCGCCGCCCACCCCCACACCUGCUCCGAGGGCUCGUGCCCAUGACAGCGCGGCGGCCCGCACGUUGCUGGCGUUCGCCUCAUCGCGCACUGCCUCCACGAGUGCUCGUCCCCCGAUUCCUAUCUCCUCUACUCUGGUUCCGGCUCCCAAGACCCCACCUCGCAACGCCGCGCGGAUCCGUUACCAGAAGACUGUCCCCGGCGACCCCCGCAAGCAACAUGGCGAGGCGCAGAUCGUCUCAGUUGCCGAGUCGCGUCGCCCAGCCCAUCGCGACCCGCCGGCCCGAGCCGUGGCCCACGACACCCAGCAUCUCCGGCGAUCAUCACCCACGUCCCUCCUUCCCUCCCGUGAGAAGUCUCACCGCUCGCGCUCAAACGUCAGGCGCAUCCUUCUGGCCCAUGCGCAGCGCACGACACGCCGCUUCCUCGCCCGUGUCAAGGAGGCGGACGAGAUCAAACUCAUGGAUGAGCAGGGUCGCCUCCACCAACCCAAGGGCAUGAGGCGCACUCUUCACACUUGGCGCUACGUUGAGGAAGCUCGUCCAGUUCUUCCUGGUCUCAGUUACGUCGAGGCCAUGAAGCAGAGCAAGACCGCCCAGCAGGCGCGCUCUGCACUUCUGCGUAGAUACCGCUCCAAGCGUGGCUCCACCAUGGCAUGGGCACAGAACGACGAGACCUGGGGCGCGACUUCAACCGCCAUCAUGGCUCUGGACGAGGACGAGGAGGUGGAGAAGAUGUUAGCCUCGCCUGGCGAGGACGUCGAGAUGUUCGACUCGGAGCAGGUCGACGCGGCGUUAGGUCUCCUCGCGUUCUCAGCCUCAGCCCUUCCUUCAUCGACUAUCGGCAAGCGUCAGCGUGCAUCGGCGGCAGCAGUCGAAGCCGCCCACCGCCAACAGCGUCGCCGUGACCUGCGCGGGUCCGAGGUGGCUCAUUUCUUGUCCUUCAAGAUGCCGUACUUAGCGGCUCUCAAGACCCACCGCGAGCAGCGCCGCGAGGCAGAGCGCGCCGCCGUCGCCGAGGCGAUUAGCCGCGCAGAGGAGGCAGCGGCCGUGGCUGCGGCCGAGGAGCUUUGUAUUCAAGCCGAGCGCCAGCAAGCCGAGUCGGAGCGGGUAGCGGAGGCCGAGGCCACCGCAGCCGCCGAAGCCCAGCGCAUCGCUGCCGAGUUCAACCGCACGGCUCGUGCUCGCGACGACCGCCCGCGUCACCGCCCGCAGCCCUACAACACCGGCAACGAGGCCGACUUCCGUGCACGCAUUCGGGAGCAGCGCUUUACCAACGCUCGCCGCCGUCAGGAGGCGGAGCAGGCGCGUUCUGCGUCCGUGGAGCAGGACCGCCGCGUGCGUGCGGUGUCUCUCCCUGCGCCUUCUCGCGACGAGGAGGACGACAUGCCCGGGCCCAGUCGUCGCCAUAUGCGCCUCGGUAGCCCGUUGGUGCUCGAGGCAAUCACCGAUGCCGAUGAGGUUGCGACCCAGAUCGGCAGCGACGACGACGAGCCUGUCGCCGGCCCAUCGCGCCUCAGCGCUGCACGCAGCCCUGUACGUGCCCCUGUGCCUCUCACCCCCGCUCCCGCUGCUCGCACGCCUGAGCAGAUGGCAGCUCUCCAGCUCUCACCUCCGCCACGAUACGAGCUCCCGAUCUUCCCUGUGCGCGGCGGCCCCCACCUUCGCACCCGCCGCGAGGCCGCUCGCCUGCGUGCGUCUUCCGACCCUCCUAGGUAUGCCCGCGACCUCUACCGCACGCACUCGCCACCCCCGCCUCCGCCGUACAACGCGCAGGUCGACGGCGGGUGCGUCAUGCCUCCGGUGUUUAUCCCCGAGGCGAUGCUCUCCCGUGAACCUACUCCGCCCCGUCCCGGACCCAGCGCGGCCGCCAUGGCGAUCGCGGACCGCCGCGCCGUCGACAUCGAGGUGGGUGAGGCUGGACCUGGCCCCUCGACACUCGCGGCUUGGCCUUCGAUGCCGCUUGUGCCCGGACGCUACGUUGCCGACCGCCCGAACAACGAAGUAACGCGCCACGGCGUCGGCGACCACGAGCCGAUUGAUUACGACGCGCUCGACGACACGCCACAGUCGUCAUCGGCUGUUGGCUUCCUGUCACGCUUCCUCCCCCGCUGGUGGUAG